UCGAUGGAGGUAUCAUCUACAUCCAAAAAAUAUACAUUUGCAUCAUCGAGAAACCUGCGCUUCCCGGAAAAAGUCGCGAGAAAGGUGUUUGAGAAGAUCGGGGACAUCAAACACACGUACAGCGUGGUAGUGAAGCGACACAAAUCAGAUCGCGACGUGAGAGAGGCGGCUCAACUGCUCGUGUCCAGGAAACCGUUCUACCGUUGUACUUUCACCAAGAUAGAUAACUACUGGUACGCGAAUGUUCGACGCUUUAAGGGACAAGAGGGUACACUCUACCAAAAAGAUAACGGCAUAUACUUCCCCGUCGAGGAUCUCCUGAAAGUGAACAAAUAUUUGAAAAGAAAACUAAACAUCAAACAGAGAGAGUAGGAUGUACGCUAGCAACAAUACGAACAGAAAAG